AUGUACCUGCUCAUCACCGUGGCUGGCUACAUCGAUGCGUGGCCAACAAUCGCCCUGGUGAUGCUUACCGCCGUGAUUGGCGUUGCCCUGCUGAAACGUCAGGGCCUGGCAACCUUAACCCGCGGGGUGACGCGUAUGAAUCGAGGCGAAGUGCCUGCGCAGGAAAUGGCUGAAGGGAUUCUGCUGGCUGUGGCGGGUGCGUUGUUGCUGACCCCCGGUUUUGUAACUGAUGUGGUGGGUUUUUUGUUGCUGUUUCCGCCGAGCCGACAGGCUCUGGUGGUGCUUCUGCUGAAGCGCGUCGAGAUUCAUACGGCGUCAUCUCCAGGGGUGCAUCCCUCCCAGCAGCCUUCGCCGGAGUCCAAUCCGGUGACUAUUGAAGGCGAAAUUAUUGCCGCUGGUACCGGCAAGAUCACCGACAACGGUGAUGUGCGUGCCCUCGACGUGAAAGUUGGCGACAAGAUCAUUUUUGGUCAAUACGCCGGCAGCACGGUGAAGAUUGAUGGCGAAGAGCUGUUGAUUCUGAGCGAAAGCGAAAUUUUUGGUGUUCUGGAAGGCUAA